AUGGGCUUUAUCUAGAAGGCUCGAAUAAAAACCAGCCCCCUACGAACACCAUAAAAUCUGCAAACCCUCGGCAACCACCGGACAAUCCGCCGCCGCAAGGAGGGAGAUUGAGAGAGAGGGAAAAAAGAGAUUACAGAUUCGUCGGAGAUGGUGGCGUUCAAGUUCCAUCAGUACCAGGUGGUGGGGAGAGGUUUGCCGACGGAGUCCGAUGAGCACCCCAAGAUUUAUCGGAUGAAGCUUUGGGCAACAAAUGAAGUUCGUGCCAAAUCCAAGUUCUGGUACUACUUAAGGAAGUUAAAGAAGGUGAAGAAGAGCAAUGGUCAGAUUCUCGCUAUCAAUGAGAUAUUCGAGAAAAACCCAACCACCAUUAAGAACUAUGGAAUCUGGCUACGAUACCAAAGUCGAACUGGCUAUCACAACAUGUACAAGGAAUACCGAGACACCACCUUGAACGGUGCUGUGGAGCAGAUGUACACAGAAAUGGCUUCUCGCCAUCGCGUCCGCCCCCACUGCAUCCAAAUCAUCAAGACAGCCACUGUCCCGGCAAAGCUUUGCAAGAGAGAGAGCACCAAGCAAUUCCAUGACUCCAAAAUCAAGUUCCCGUUGGUGUUCCGGAAGGUUAGGCCGCCAUCAAGAAAACUCAAGACCACUUACAAAGCAUCAAGGCCCAACUUAUUCAUGUAAAACUAUUUGGCACACAGUUUCUCCAUUUUCUUGUGCCUCAGUUACAAGUUGAGAAUUAUUAACUUUGUCCCUCCCAAUUUUGUUGAAACACAUCCCCUUUGUUUCAGCAUUGUUAUUAUUAUUAGCCUUGUUGGAUGAUUAUGAUAUACAUUUGGUUUUGAAACAGGCUUCAGUUCCAUUUUCCCUUUGGUUUU